AUGAGCUCCGAGCCUGCGCUCCGCCCGGCUCGCGGUGCGGGUGAAGAACAAAACAUGACUGAAAUAGAUGCCUUCCCUAGGAGAGAAAUGUUUGAUCCGGCUGAAAAGUACAAAAUGGACCACAAGAGGAGAGGAAUUGCAUUAAUCUUCAAUCAUGAGAGGUUCUUCUGGCACUUAACCCUGCCAGAGAGGCGGGGCACCAGUGCCGACAGAGAAAAUCUUAGACGCAGGUUUUCAGAUCUAGGAUUUGAAGUAAAAUGUUUUGAUGAUCUUAGAGCAGAAGAACUAUUGCUCAAAAUUCACGAGGCGUCAACUGCCAGCCACGUAGAUGCUGAUUGCUUUUUGUGUGUUUUCCUGAGUCACGGUGAAGGCAACCACAUCUAUGCGUAUGAUGCCAAAAUUGAAAUUCAGACGUUAACAGGCUUGUUCAAAGGAGACAAGUGUCAGAGCUUGGUUGGAAAACCCAAGAUAUUUAUCAUUCAGGCGUGUCGGGGCAGCCAGCACGACGUGCCCGUCAUCCCUCUGGAUGCAGUUGAUCACGGGACAGACACGCUGGAUGCCAACCUAACCCAGGUGGACGCGGCCUCGGUUUACACACUUCCUGCUGGAGCCGACUUCCUCAUGUGCUACUCUGUGGCAGAAGGUUACUAUUCUCAUCGGGAAACUGUGAAUGGUUCAUGGUAUAUUCAAGAUUUGUGUGAGAUGCUGGGAAAAUUCGGCUCCUCUUUGGAGUUCACAGAACUCCUCACCCUGGUGAACAGGAAGGUUUCUCAGCGCCGAGUGGACUUCUGCAGAGACCCAAGUGCGAUCGGAAAGAAGCAGGUUCCCUGCUUUGCCUCAAUGCUAACUAAAAAGCUGCACUUCUCUCCAAAAUCUAAAUGA